AUGUCUCUCGUCAGCGGCGAAAAGUCGAACUUCCAGUUCAUCUUGCGUCUCCUCAACACCAACGUCGAUGGAAAGCAGAAGAUCAUGUACGCCUUGACCCGAAUCAAGGGUGUCGGUCGCAGAUAUUCCAACUUGGUUUGCAAGAAGGCCGAUGUCGAUUUGAACAAGCGUGCUGGUGAAAUUACUACCGAAGAACUUGAACGUAUCGUCACCAUCAUCCAAAACCCUACUCAAUACAAGAUCCCAGAAUGGUUCUUGAACAGACAACGUGAUAUCGUCGAUGGCAAGAACUACCAGGUCCUGGCCAACGGUAUGGAGAGCAAGCUGCGUGAGGACUUGGAGCGCCUGAAGAAGAUCCGAGCUCACCGUGGUCUGCGACACUACUGGGGUCUCCGUGUCCGUGGUCAACACUCCAAGACUACUGGCAGAAGAGGUCGCACUGUCGGUGUCAGCAAGAAGAAGGGUUAA